CCGUUAUUUGUAUAAAAAGGGAGCGAAUAGCGGAGUACAAUACACUUGAAAAGCAUUUUCUUACAUCUGUACUAGAACGCUUGUAUAUAAACUUGAAUGUGUGAGUACUGUGACCAGCGACACUACAAAAGUAACGCUUAUUCAGAUACGGAUUCAUCAUCAUGAAGCUCGCAGUGCUUCGUGCAACACUUGUCAUCGGUAUCUUAGCUUAUGCAAAUGCCUAUGCUGGAUACCAAGAAAAGAUACCAAAUGGUGAUCAUGUGCCACAUCCUUGUAAACCCAAUUUUAUAUGGAGAGGCGUGGGGCAUUUGAAAAUGGGAGGCGGAGGCGAUCGAAAUAGUUUUGGAGAGGCGUUUGCAGCUGCUGGCCACACGUGGACUGAAACAUUAUGUCGGGCUGAUUCCGAUGGAGAUGGUAAAACUAACGGCGAAGAACUGGGUGAUCCACAAUGUAUUUGGAAACCAGACACUGUUCCUGAUGAGGUAGCGAGCGUCACACAUCCCGGUGUUUGUGAUCCUUUUGGAAGUACCGAGUGCAAGGAUAAGAAUUCCUGGGUUAACUGUGAUAGCGAAGAAUUUAAAUGCCCUUCUAUACACGAAGAAGGUGUACAAAAGAUGGAUUUACGAUUUCCGUUGACCAAUGUUCCCGAUAAAGAAACGACCUAUAUGUGUAUGGGUUUUGAAUUACCUAGUGACGAAGAGUACCAUUUGAUUGCGACUACACCAAUCAUCAAUGAAACUCGAGUAAUGCACCACAUCGGUCUUAUUGCCUGUGAUGCGACUGCUAAGGCUAUGACCAAGCCAGAAGAAUGUCUGAUGGGUUUAACCGGUUGUACAAAACAAAUAGGUUUAUGGACUUUGGGCUUACCAGGAGAAUGCCUCUAUAAGGAUGCAGGUUUCAGAAUAGGCUUAAAUGGCAUGAAAAGGGGUGUACUUCAGUUUCAUUGGACCAACCCAGAAAGAAGGGCUGAUCUAUGGGAUUCAUCUGGUAUGACUAUCUACUACACGAAGAAUUUGCGAAAAUAUAAUGCUGGUGCCUGGUCCACAGGUCAAUUGUAUCUUGAAAUUCCACCAUUGAUGCCUAAAGUUGUGCAGCAAUCAACUUGUUCUUCGCGUUGCACAAAGAAAACAUUUAAAGAAUCUAUAUUCUUAACCACUGGACUGAAUCAUAUGCACUACCUCGGUGUAUCCCAGUAUGUCAAAUUAACAAGGGCAGAUGGAACGGAAGUGAUGUUAACUAAUGAUGAAAAAUAUAGCUAUGAUACACCAGUCCUGUACCAAUAUGAGACUCCAAUAGAAGUUAAACCAGGUGAUAGCUUAGAAACAGUUUGUACCUAUAGAUCUAUAUCUAGAAAGAAGACCGCUCUAUAUGGAGAGGGCUCCUUUGAUGAAAUGUGUUUUGGCAUUUUUACCUAUUUCCCAGCCGAAGCACUAACAUACCCUAUGUGUGCAACAUUAAAGGAUUUAGAUGUGUGUGAUUCUCUUUUGGAUAUGAAAUGUGAUUAUCAGGCUCUUGGAAACUUUUCUCACCCAGAAACAAGAGAGUUGAUCGAUAAGGUGAUGUCAAAAUGUUCUGUUGAAAAUCAUUGUCUUCAUGGAUGUAGAGAUGUUGUUCAAGACAUCAUUGCUAACCAUGGUUGUUUUAAGAAUGGCUGGGCUGACAGCAUGUAUUCUUAUUUAAGCUCAGAUGCGUUUCUUUCCAUAGUGGGCGCAAAUGAUACAAUCGAAGCUUUGCGUUUCGUCACUGCCAUGAAAUCGUGUGAUUGUGCCACAGAGAUCCCACUCGUAUACGUUGCUCCAAAUUCUAACACGAAUGUAUGUAGUAGAAAUCUAAGUUAUCCCACUUUUGUAUUCGCUUGCUUGUUAGUGGGGAUAUCGUUGGCCCGAAAAAGUGUCCAAUAAAUCUUGUUUGAAUUGAAGGAGCAGUUCCAGAUUUUACAAAGUGUCUUUUGAUAUAAAUAAUCAGACACUAAAAUAUGAAAGUUUGAAAUCCAAAUAAAAAAAAAAGGUUUUAAAUAUACAAAUUAAACGCCAAAAUGUGAAGGUUUCAAUAAUAUUGAGUCGUUUCAAAAUAAUCGCUAGAUUUGCUAAAUGAGGUACAAUUUGGGGAUCCAUUGACAUCCCCCCGUCCCCACACGAACACUGAAAGAUUGCCAUUCUUCGAAAUUCACACAGCUUCAGAUAUUGUUAAACAAGACCAGAAUUACACAGUUUUAUUCCUUUAAAUAUAUGGAACUUUAAAUGAUUAUUUAUUUACCCUGAUUAUUAUGCCAAGACAAUCAUAGAUAUAAUAACAAGAUGUCUGUACUUAAAAUGACUACAAUCGAUUCAUUGAUUUAGGUCAAAAUAAUGGAUUGAAUUGGGUUGACUUUGUGUUAUUUCGAUUAGUGAAAAUUCAAAGAUAUUAAAUCUAUGUUUUCUAAUUUUAUUUAAUUUUUGGCUUUCUGUUUAGGCUGUGGAAAAACAAUAUUUUAUAUCUUAUUUAUAUGGGUAAAAGUUUCAAACAAAACAGACACAUUGCCACAUCACAAAUUCAGUUUUGACCCAAAUCCAAGAGAUCUAGCCAUUUUAGUAUUAAGAAUUUAAUUUUUUAUCGAACGUGUAAGAUGCUAUGUAGUCUAUUGGUUUUACACAACAAUGAAUGGGUAAUUCAAAUAAAGUAAUAAUAAAUCAAGAAUUAUUUAAAA